UCCCUACGCAAGAUGUCGCCGACGUUUCGCACGCGGUUGAGAGGUUGUUGGUGGGGGGGGGGUGACGCCGUCGAUUUAAACCGUCUCGGAGGCGCUUAUCCACGCUGGGGAAUGCAAAAGCCGCGGUGCAAGAGACUAACGCGGUGCUGAGGUGGGGGGCUGGUGGUGGUGACGCGCUCCGAAUUUGCCUCGGCGGCGUACGGCGGCGGCCUCGUCGUUUCGCCGUCACGUCGGUCCGCGAAGCAACGUCGCCGUUGAGGCGCGAGAUCAGAGGCAUGCCCUGCUGGCCCAUGCGGCGGUGGAGCUAAGAUGUUCGAGGCGACCACGGAGUUGCCGGACUGCGUGGUGCUGAAGGUCUUCUCGUAUCUCAAGCUUGGGGAGCUGGUGGCGGUCAGCGCCGUUUGCCGCCAGUGGUUUUUCGUCUCGCGCGAUGAGUUCCUGUGGAAGGACUUGUUCUACCGCCACUUUGGCAUCAAUCGCUCGGUGCCGCGCAUGCCCGGUGUGUCCUCGUGGCUGCUGGAGUUCCGGCGUCUCACCGACGCGGUCCCCUGCGUGGAGGUGGCAGUGCUCAAGGAGCACAAGGACCAAGUGCUGCACGUCGCCUUCUCGCACAAUGGGUUCAUGUUUGCCUCCUGUUCAAAGGACUGCACCGUCAAGGUGUGGAGCAAUGACGUGGAGGUGUCGGUGCUAUACAGCGAGAGCAUGCGGCAGUACAACUGGAAGCACACGCAGUUCUCGCAGUUCAACGAGGACGACUCGCUGUUGCUCGUGUCGGGCGUGCACGUUGGCCCGCACAAUGCCUCGUCUGGAGAGAUCGCCGUCUUCAACCUCGACGACUUCUCACUGCUGUCGCGCGUGAGGAAUAAGCCAUACACGGUGUUCGGCUGCUGGCUCAACGAGACACACCUCAUCUCCGGCACCGUGCACUGGAUGGGAAACCUCACGUCCUGCUCCGUGCUCUGGCUCAACAAGGCCUUCCAGGACAUCGAGUCGGAGACGUUCAACGUGGUGCGGAGGCUCUUCAAGUUCCAGAAUCUGAACGCGAGCACGGUGCGCGCUGUGAUGGUCGCCGACCCGGGCCGCCGUGUGCGUGCCGACUGCAGCACCGACGACGACCCCGAGCUACAGUCCGUGUGGCUGCCUGGAUGUCACCCCGUAAUGGAGACAGACCCCAGCCACACACCGGACUCCGAAGGAGCGGAGGACGAGGCAGCUCGGCCCGAGAGGGAGGCCUGGGGAUCAGGCUGUAGGGAUGACGCCGCGCUGGAGGCGAUGGUGGCGCAUUUGGUGAUGGGAAAUCAGCGGGUGCAGAGGGCAGCGGAUGCCACUCACAGAUCCGACUCCCCUGCCACUGCAGCUACCGCUGCUUCGACGUCGGCAUCAGCGCGGGCAUCGCUGCCGUCAGCGUCGGCAUCGUCCUCCACGCAGCCGAGUAGCCAGUCGAGCAGCGGCGCCACGUCCGAUGCCGACGACAGCUGCCCCCAUAAAUACCUCAUCUUCGUGAAAGGGGGGCUCACCUACACUCCGCACAAGAUUGGCAUCAAGCGCAUUGCCGCCGAGCAGAUGUCGUGCGACUGCCCUGACGAGACGGGCCAUGAGGAGUUCUUUGACUGCAUCGACCACCUGAUCGACGUGCGGGGGCAUGUCGUGGGCAUGGGGCUGUCUCCGGAUCACAGGCUGCUGUACGUGAGCUGCCGUGCGUGGCCCGAGGGCUGCAUCAUCAGCGACCCGCUCAACCCGCCGCCCAUCGCGCAGGAGAUGGAGCUGCGCGUGUACGAGCUGGGCACGGCGCGCGAGCUCAAGCGCACGCCGCGCGCCCAGCGGGCCUACACCCCCACCGACGAGUGCAGCUUCUUCCACCUGCACGUCAGCCGCCACUUCAUCGCGAGCGGCUCAGAGGAUCACAACGGCUACAUCUGGGACCGGCACUACAGCGUGCGGCUGGCGCGACUGCCGCACGACGACUGCGUGAGCUCGGUGGCGCUGAGCCCCGUGGAACAGGAGAUGGCGGUGACGGCGAGCGCCGAUCACACGCUCAAGGUGUGGCGCUCGGCCCGCGUGGCGCGUAUCAUGACGCAGACACGCAAGCCACGCCGCACCACCUUCUCCUGGCUCAAGAGCUAGCCGGCAGGACGAGCGCUCCGAGUCAGCCAGUCGGUGGUCUGACGUGACCGAUGAGAUACCGCUGAGAGACAAUCCAGCCCAAGUGUCUGAGAGUCGGCAGUGCGCGGUGUCUUUUUUAUUUGCCCUGACGUGGCCGGUUCAAUUUCACACUAACUGCAGGAUCGUACCGCGAUCAGGGCGGUGACAUAGGCCCAGUGGGUAGCGCAUUCACUGUUUGUUGCAUAGGUUUGAGUUUGGAGCCAGUCGGCCACCCUGGUUUUCAGUGCAGGUACAUUAAGCUUAAAAAGUCGCAGUCUGUUGCAUAGGUGCUGUGACGUAACUUUAAACAAGUAGGCCAUUGUGUGCCGGCGUCAUGGUCAAAUUUUACAACUUCGAAAAUAACUCUCAAAUUACUUUAUUGCGAUUAGUCAUAUAGCAACCAAGCUACUGGCAAACCAAUGCCUGCUUGCAGGGCAGGCGCUGAGUUACCUCGUACUGUAGAGGGACAGCCGCCGCUGGGGGUGCCCUUUCAAAUGUUUGAGAUGAGAUGCACGAUGCGAGUCGCUUAUCGCUUGUUAAGCGCUCUCGGAUGCCUCCGCGCGAAGGACACUGUUAUCAAAACUAAUUAUUGUUGAAAAACUUGAGCAUGCGCCGUCCCUUAACUGGAAACCGCUUCGGGACACUGAGCAGCUUAUGAACCCCCUGCGUUUGUUCCCCGUGCUGUGCUCCUAAACAUGACACUAAUCCUCACCCUGUCUCGACCGCCGUUGCCUAAAGGCUUCACCCGUCUCCUGCCAUAGCCCCCGUCACCAGACAAACUUGUAUCGUGUGUUCCUCAUUCGAAUGUGUGUUUACAUGUUGACCUGAUUUGUGAGGUUUUUGUUUAUUUUUUGUUUGGGGAUGGGUUGGGCCUGCAGGUGAGGUGUCGUGUUCCAUGAAUCUCGUUACAAAACUAUUUGCCAAUGUGUGCCAAUCGGUGAGUGAAGUUGCUGCACUGCAUGUUGCCGAACGGUAAUUGCUAAUGUGCAUGUGAGCACUUUGGAAUACAAUGCUGUCCGCUUGUUGCACAGUUAAUAAGACGUCAAAACUCGUGGUUGCAGUGUUUUUCGCUCGGCUACAUUGAUACAGAUAGUCCCCGGGUUACGAUGGUCCGACUUACGAUAUUUCGAUUUUUACGAUGGCGAUAGCAAUACGACAAAAUUGUAAAAUAUUUUAAAUUUAGCGCGGCAGGCAAACGCAGCAGCGUACAAGAUAUGAUACUGUACGUUGGGACGCUGCCGGGAUGUACGCAUCUCCCGCCUUGUGUGAUGCCUCACUCUCGCCAGCGGUCGACGGAGUUAAGUUGUCUCGGUGUUAGCGCGUGUAUUUUUUUUCUGUUUUUUUUUCCUGAAAAAACUUUCUAUUGAAUUGCAUGUCAUAUAGGUAGGCUAAGAAUUUACCUUGUUUUUUUACUUUACA